GGAGGAGGAGGAAACACGCAGACGGAAGAGAGAGCUGGUUUCCGUUUCACCCGGGCCGUGUGAGCUGAGUGCAGCGUGCGGAGGGAUGGCGGCGGCGGCGGUGGCGGUGGAGGUGCUGGCGGGCGUGGAGCAGCAGCAGCAGCAGCAGCCGGUGGCGGUGGAGGAGGUGCUGGCGCUGGCUCUAGCGGGCUUGGAGCAGCAGGCGGCGGGCGAUGGCCUGCACAGUGUCCGCGUGCACAAGGAUCUGGAGCUGGAGUUCGAUCUGGGGAACGCGGCGGCGUUCGACACAAACGUCCCGAACGCCGGCGAGUUCCGAAGGAACCCCGAGACAUUCCUGCGUUCGCUGGCCCGCGGCAACACCCAGCUGCUGGUCAACGCCAUGUGGGCGCUGCCAGUCGAGCGGCUGCCGGAGGCGGUCGUGGCCAAGCUGCCCGAGGGCACCACACGCAUCCCCCGCGAGAAACCCGUGCCCAAGCGACGGCCGCCCACCCGCUGGGAAGAGUUCGCCAAGCUCAAGGGCAUCCGGAAGAAGAAGAAGACCAACCUGGUCUGGGACAACGAGCAGAACGAGUGGCGGCGGCGCUGGGGGUACAAGAGAGUCAACGAUCCAACCAAAGAAUGGGUCAUUGAGGUGCCCGAGUCGGCAGAUCCCAAUGAGGAUCAAUUUGCAAAACGUACCACGGCUAAAAAAGAAAGGGUGGCGAAGAACGAACUGAAUAGGCUGCGCAAUAUCGCCAGGACUCAGAAGAUUAAAGUGCCAACUUUGGGAAUAGUCCCGGCCAGCCAGCCUAGUAAGAGUGAGCUGAGCAAAGCCAUUCACGUGGCUAAGACCUCCACGGCUUCAGUUGGCAAGUUUCAGGCCAAGCUACCGAAGGAAAAGGCGUUGAGGAAUAAAGCCAAGAAGAGGAAAUUCCAACCCCUUAUUGGAGAUUUUUCUGCGGAGAAGCAGAACCAGCUAGAACUGCUAAAAGUCAUGGCAGGCAAGAAACCAAAGCUAGACCUCACAAAAGCUGUAAAUAGGCAGCUUCGUGAAGAUGAACAGGAGCAGGCAGCAAAGCGAAAGAAAAUGGGCCCAAAAGGCAAAAAAGAACACAAAAAACAAAGCCAAAAAGAUGGAAAGGGACAACGUCGAAAACCUGCUAAUAGAAAAGGAAAGGGGAAAUGAAUCAUGUGAAAUAGAACUCUUAAUGUUGUACUUUUUUGAUUUUUUUAAAACUACAGUUUUGGGAGGGAGAUAUCUAGUCCAUGAAAUGAGCUUUGACAUCUUUGUAUAAUAUUUAAAAUAAAUGGAAUUAUUAUUA